UUAUGUGAUCGCGGAGGGAAGCAUUUCAGCGACGUACCGGCUGUUACUAGGAUCUUUCGGAUAAGACUCGUUUGAAUCACGUUUUUCAGAUUAAUUUAUCUACAUAUACGUCUUUUUACAGAAUGACAGAGAGCACGGAGAACAUGCAGAAGUACGAAGAGCUGUUUGCACAAAGGUUUUCAUCCGAGGACCAGGAAUAUCAGCAGUACGUGAACCGACCGACUGACUCUCCACCUAUUGUCGAGGACUGGGCACGUCGAGGUGGUUGGAACCAGAGAGGCAGGGACAACAGGUACCAGGACCGCCAUGGCCACAGAGGUCGUGGAUGGGGAGGAGACCAAGGCUGGUCCCGCCAGCAGCACCGGCGGGACAGAGACCGGUCCUGGGGACAUGGAAGUGGGUCUCAGUCAGGCCCUCCAAGCUCCAAUCAGGGAUACAACUCCCAACCCCAGAGGCCACGUUAUAACCCUUACUGAUCUCUGUCAUCUCUCAAGUGUUUUCAGUAUUUAUGUCCACACUCUUAUCACUUGCAUUGCAGCAGAGCGAAGCAACGUGCACCCGUUUGUUUGUCGAAUUACAACAGUCUCGUAAGGAAGUAUUGUAAUAAUAAUAAUCAUAAUAAUUAAUAUUUCAGCAGCGUAAUUACCUCCAACACAAGGAGGCCAAGUCUUCAGUGCUCUAUUUCUGUGUGUGUGUGUUCUUAGUAGCAUUAUGCAAAAACUAUCAAACAAUUUAUCUUGAAAAUAAAGGUGGUCUUUGGGUCAAGGAUGAAUCGUAGACUACAUGUAAAAAAAAAAAAGAAGCUCCUGAAGCUAACCAGGAAAUAAGAAAAUGUUGAAUAGCCACUAGGGGGCAUCUCCGCAGGUUGAAAUAGAGCUCUAUUUGAAUUGGAAACUAGCCUGCGUCUCACUUGAACUAAAAUGUCAGUUAAAUCUCUGUUUUCAGUAGAACAUGAUCUUGAUUUUGUAACUUUAUGUUGUCGUUUUGAAGAAAAAGUUAAUGCUAAAGCACAACAGCUAUGUCAACAGCUGGAAAUAUCCAAUAGGAGCCCCUGGUUACAGGUGAAAUUCUGUUCAAAAUGUCAAAAUAGCGCCGCCCCAAAUUCCAAAUCUUGAGGCUUAAAAAAUUAUCCAUAUGUGUGACGUCAAAACAGCAGGUGUACUUUCACUGUCUUUUAACCUAUAAACUCAGAUUAGAGCAGUUUGAUCAUCUCCAUCUCCUCAAGUCAUACCCCGACCUUUCACAAAAUUUAAUGGAAAGCAGCUCAUUAAAAAACAGUCAGACUGUUAUGUAGCCUUACCACAUGUCCUACCAUCAAAAUAUGAACUACUAAAAACAUUAAAAGUCAAGUAUGAAGCCUGGGUCAGAUAUGAUUCAUGUCACAUAAACUAAACUGCUGCUUUUGUUAUUUGCUACUCGUGUUGUUUUAAAAAGUCUCUCAAACUCAAAAUACUUCAGUUGACACAUUUUUAUUGUCGGGAAUGAAAACGGAUCCUAAUGACUUCCAGAAAAAUAGUGAGAGAAAAAUGAGUUUCAUUUGUUUCAUAUGUCAGUAUGAUUUUAUUUUUUUGUCUUCAUAUUACAUCGUACUUUAUUGCUCACACUUUGAAUUAUAUUAUUUUUUUAAUGCCAUUUGUGGGAUUUGUCCAACAUUAAUUUGAAAAUGAUGCUUAAAAUGACUGCAGUAUUUCAGAUUUGUGAACUAUUUUUAGUCAAACCCUCAUUAUCACAUUGUUGUUGUCGACAUCUUAUAUCUGCGUAGACGUUUUGACAUAGAUUGAUAUGAUAUUGUUAUGCAUUGUGUUGCAAACAGUGAGUCACCUGAGAAAAUCUGUUUGAAUUGCAGCUGUAUUUUCUUUCUGUGUGUCACUGUUUCAUAAGGAUAUAAUUGAACCAUCAAUAAAUGUGUAUUUUCUUAGCGA